UCCACUGACAGCUUCUGGGGCUGUGGACAUUCUCAGCACCCUCACCAUGAAACACCUGCUGCUGGUCACCCUGUCUGCCCUGUUCUGCUGCUGGGUCUCAGCUGACACUAGAUGUCACUCCUGCUACAAGGUCCCCGUGCUGGGCUGUGUGGAUCGCCAGUCCUGUCGUCUGGAGCCAGGCCAAAAAUGCCUGACGACAAACGUGUACCUUGGAAAGAUGUGGGUUUUCUCUAACCUGCGCUGCGGCACACCGGAGGAGCCCUGUCGAGAGGCUUUCAACCAAACCAACCACAAGCUGGGCCUGAACUACAACACCACCUGCUGUGACCAGGACAACUGCAACAGCCUGGCUCCAAGGCCCACACCUGCGCUGGCCCUGGUCUCCCUCGCCUCCGUGGCCGGCAUUGGCCUCUGGCUAUUGCACUGAGAGUCACUCCACAGCUGCUCACUUCCCAUCUCUCAGCCUGAGUCUUUCUCCCUGUGCCCUUAGAACUCCAGCUCUCCAGAAUGUUCUCCCUCGACCCCUGGCUCCUUUUUUCUUCUGAUCACUCCCCUAUUGUCCCAUUUAUUCCAUGGGACCGUGCCUAGAGUGGUCUUUCCAGCCGCCCUUCUCAGCUGGCAUCCUCCGUUUUACACCAAGUCCUUCCCCAUUUCCUUGGAGACCCCUCUGUCUCCUUCACGGGCCGCUGAAAGGGCCCCCUACCUGCAUGCACAUCGGUGUGACCCUGGGAUGAGCUCCGGAAGUGCUA